GUUCCUUUAUACGCAACGUAAAUCACUUUUUUAUCACCUGCAAACCAUUUUAUUCACUACCGUGCAAAUUAUUUAUUUUUACCCGCUAACUAUUAUGACAAAUGGUGAAAGUCACAUAUGGUAUUCGAUUCACUAAACAGUCUCCUUUGGCACAGGAGAUCAAGGCUCGAAAACGAAGAUUGAAACUAUAUAUGGAACAAGACGAUACAACAAAAGCAUGCAAAAUAGCCUUGGAUAUUGCUGAUCUACUCUUAUCUCAAAUCGACUAUAUUGAUACUGAUCUACCUGCUACAGACCAAGAACGCGACAAGAUCGAUUAUGCAACUGAAGCUCUCAAGUUUUGUACAAAAGCCAAUGGUGUAUUUAUCAAGCAAAAUGAUUAUAGGCGGCUUGCACAGUCUUAUCUUCUCAUGAUCCGUUCCUAUCAAAGGUUGGGCAACUAUGACGAAGCCAUUCAACGAAACACGAAACUGUUGGAAUUCUUUAAACAACCUCAUCCCAAAAUCAAAGACAAGCAACUUUUACAACAAUCUUAUAAGCUAAUGGGCGACACAUACUUUACUCAUGGUCAUCUUGGUGAUCGUAUCAGUAACCAUACAGAUCUUCCUAUGGCUUGCAAAUAUUAUGAACAGGAACGUAAGGUACUUUCUGUUAUGACUGUCAAGGAUGUGGAUGGUGAUCAUUCAACGCUUACAGAUUUAAUGCGAUCGUCCGACUUCAACAUGGGUGUUAUCAAAGGGAAACUUGCCAUUUAUCAGCAUGAUCAGACUGUGGAACAACAUUUACAGGAUGCCAUCAAAGCUGCUGCUAAUCUGGACGACGUGGAUAAUGAACGACGAUCUUGGUGGGAACUUGGUAACAUAUAUGUUCGGCGUGGACAGUGGGAUAAGGCUUUGGAAUGUCAGAAAAAGGAACUCAAAUUGGUCAAGAAACAUGGACUGGAUGAUAUAUUGGCAAGUACUGUUGAAAUGGUCAAGACCUUACUGGAAUUGAAUGAUUACUCUGGCUGUUUGGCACUCUGCCGAGAUAUGGAAACCUCAGUCAUCCAAAUAUACAAAGGAGAAGGAUUAGAAGCAGCCAAAGCUAUGGCACAGGAAACAAAAGAUAUUGUACUCACCAUUCAAUCAAGACGAAUAGAACUCGAUCAACUUGUAGCCAAUGCGGAUCAAGAAUGCAUCAACUACAACAGGAGUAAAAAUAUUGAUAUCUACACCACUUACAAUAACUAUAAUAACACAACACUUCGGAAUACUAUCAUUGGAAGAAAGUUACGUCGUCAAAUAGCUACGGUAUGCGAAUCUCUAGGACAACUAUUGUACAACUACAGCAUGUUUCUUUCAGCAGCAUCAGUAGUGGAAAUGGGUCUGACUUAUGUAGUAGAUGAUGACAAUGUAGAUUCCACAAUAGCGCUUCCUCUCAUGCUCCUUCGCAUCCAACUCCUGCAACUCAAGGCUUCAAUCCAUUGGGCAAGACAUGAUACUUCUUUGAAUGAAUUGGCUGCAUUAAAUCAAGAUAUCAUCACAUUGGCUACAAAUCAUACUCAAGAUAGAUUACAACAAUUGGACAUUAUACUCACUGCACAGCAAAGAAAUCACAGUCUUUAUCAUUACUACGGUCAAACUGAAAAAGCUGCGGAAUGGCAUCGAAUGGCUAGGAAAACUGAAAAUCAAUAUAAUCGAUUGGCUGGUAUUACAAAAGAUGAAGAAGAUUUGGAAGCAACUACGGAUGAAGAUAAUGAUGACAACGGUGACGCUUUGAUGGAUAAAACAAGUUCACACAAUCCUCAACCAUUAUUUGGACCUGCAGAUAAAGCUUCAAGGAUGACAAUAACGGUAUCUUUAAGUUUGAGGAAUAAGAUGGAGCACAUGCUGGUACCAUGCGAAGAUGAUAUGGAUACACUAGAAUGGUUGGGAAAGGAAGUGACAAGAAGAUCUUGGGAACUCUAUGGAAUUGAGCCAAUCAUUAGUCACUUUCGAUUGGAUGAUACUGAUCUAUUUCCAGAUGAUACCCUCAACAUAUUAGCACAACAUCAAGAAAAAAAACUAGAUGCGAUUGUACAAGGUUAUCAAGUGAAAACAUUACUGGAGGUUUACAACAACGCAUGUUCAAGAAUCAAGAAAUCACCAUUACCGCAAAUACAACGAGUACUGAAGGAUAAAUCAUCAGACACUACAGUCUUAUCUUUACGUGGUACAGGAUUAUCAUCUGAAGGCAUUGAUACAGUGAUUGAAUUGGUACAUCUAUUACCUUUCCCACUUACAGAAAUAAAUCUAUCUGGUAAUCUAUUGUGUGAUGACGAUAUUAUUCGAUUAUUUGAUGCUAUCCCUUGUCCAUCUAUAGUGAAUUUGAAUAGUAAUCUGCUUACCUUCAAGACAUUGACAUACUUUUCUAGUGGUAGAAAGCAUGAUACUGUCCUUGUAUCUCUAGACCUGGCAUACAACUUUCUUGGACCUAUGAUAAUGGAUCAAUUAGAUGAUAUUUAUCAAGCUUGUACAAAUCUCCAAAGUUUGAACGUAGAAGGUUGUCAGACCAAUAUAUAGUUUUCCGGGUCCACUCAAUUGAAUCAUCUCGAUUCCGUCUUUUUUUUUUUUUUU